AUGGCAUCCUCCGAAUCAAAUGAUCAAACAAAUCGUAUUACUCCACCGACCACUGAGACCAGUUCUCCAAAUCUAUAUUUUCUCAAUUCAAAUGAAAAUCCAGGUAAUAUCUUGGUUACACAACCACUGCUUGGAAUGAAGAAUUAUCACUCUUGGUCAAGGGCUAUGAUAUUAGCUCUCACUGCAAAGAGGAAGAUAGGUUUCACUAAUGACAAAAUUGUUGAGCCAAGUCCAGAAUCUCCUCUUUAUGAAGAUUGGUUAAGUUGCAACAAAAUGGUGAUUUCAUGGAUGAUCAAUUCCAUGCAUGUUGAUGUCUCGAAUAGCAUAAUGUACUGUCAAACUGCUAGAGAAAUGUGGCUUGAAUUGCAAAAACUUUUCUCACAGGUUACUGAGUAUUAUACAAGAUUCAAGAAACUAUGGGAUCAGUUGCUAAAUUUAGAGCCAUUACCAGAGUGUACAUGUGGAGCCAUCAAAGCUUUAAAUGUUUCUCACAACAAGACUUAUGCUAUGAGAUUUUUUAUGGGUUUGAAUGAGAAUUUUGAGAAUAUAAGGACUCAAAUUCUGAUGCAGGAGCCUUUUCCUUCGAUUAGCAAGAUUUAUGCCUUGGUUCUUCAAGAAGAGUCUCACAAGAAUGUAGUACAUGGAGGGUUUUACAUUGCAAAGCCUGAUUCAGUGGCAAUGUAUGCAAAUUCGAAGGGAAGUAACUCUGGAUAUAAACCUAAAGGAAGACCAAGUGCUAAUCAAGUUAUCUACAAUUCUAGAACAGCACCUGAGAAUGUUUCGAUUCAAUGUCCUAUUUCUAAAGCUCAGUGUGAGAAAUUAUUGACAUUCCUCAAUGUUGGAUGUAACUCUGGUAAAAAAAAUAUUGCAGCCAAUGUGAGUACUGGUAAUGGAUUGACUAGUUUGGUUUUUGGAGCUACUGAUAUGUGUUCAUCUGCUGGUGUUACUGCUAAUGCUGAUGCAUUAGCCAUUACAUCUUAUCCUCAAACUCCUAACAAUUACCUUGAAAACAUGUCUGGUAUUACAUAG